ACAAAAUGUAGAAUCAAUUAGGGGACGAAGAGAGACAGAGAUUUCAGUAACUCUCUUCCUCCCCGGAAUCAAAAUCCUAGACUUCUUCGGUAUUUCAUCCUCAUCAGUGUUGUAGAUCUCCGCUUCGUCAAGGUUUUGAGAUGGAGAUUGCAUCUGAGAGGGAUGAUUUUAGCCGUUCAGGACCUUUGUACCUAACUAUAGUUGAUUGGGGAAAUGUACACCACCGAAGAUCAAUAGCCGCUUGCUUAGUUCAGGGUGUAUAUGUUUUAGAGCAUGACCGCCAAGAAAAACGGCAAGCUCUUGCACCACCGUGGUGGGAAUUCUUCGAUUUUCAGUUACUGUGCACGCUUGUGGAUGAUGUUGACUCUUCUAUCUUUGGUGCUAUAUAUGAAUUCAAACCAGAGGCUAACAGCCACUAUUCCGCGGAAAUCCCACGGCAUGUGAUUGCUUUUAGGGGAACUAUGACUGAACGAGAUUCUGUGUCGCAGGAUCUGAGGUUAGACCUGCGCCUUAUCCAAAAUGGACUUCACCAAACGUCUCGUUUUGAAAAUGCAAUGCGAGCUGUUAGAAACAUGGUAGCUGUAAGUGGAGCUAGUAACGUUUGGUUAACAGGACAUUCUAUGGGUUCUUCCAUUGCAAUGCUGGCAGGAAAAAAUAUGGCGAAAACCGGUGAUUUUAUUGAAUCGUAUCUGUUUAAUCCACCAUUCAUUUCCGCUCCAAUUGAAAGGAUUAAAGAUAAGAAAGUGAGGCAUGGGUUUCGUGUUGCUAGCAGCGUGAUUACAGCGGGACUCGCAUUUGCCAUGAAGGGUAACAACCAAGAGAGACAACCGUCAGAAGAUCCGUUCACAGUUCUAUCGAAUUGGGUUCCGAAUUUGUUUGUCAAUCCAGCUGAUCAUAUCUGUUGCGAGUACAUUGGGUAUUUCGAGCAUCGAGAAAACAUGGAAAGUUUCGGAAUUGGAGGAAUCGAGAGGUUGGCGACGCAAAAUUCAUUGACGGGAUUAUUCAUGAAUGCAAUGGGAUGGGAAUAUCAAGAAGAGCUGCAGUUAAUUCCAUCAGCUUGUCUGACUAUCAAUCGCAGUCCGUCACCGACAUUCAAACGAGCUCAUGGCAUUCAUCAAUGGUUUAGAGGUGAUUUGAGUUUGCAGUCUAAGGUAUACCAAUACAAAUUAUGAAUUUUAAAAGUGUUCAUUUCUUUUGUUCCGUGUUUAUCUAAUAAGCCAGUUAUCAAAUUAAUUUUAUAUAUGGUUGCAUUGGGGA